AUGAUGGGAAAUAAUGGGUUUGAUUCCGAUUUUGCUCUUCUUGAGUCUAUUCGUCGUCAUCUGUUAGAUGAUUCCACCAUGAAUUCCGGCAUGAGAGCUCCACCUAUGUAUUGCCGGACAAACACCUUGUUUCCUUGCUUGUCGGACACUUGGGGUGAAUUACCCUUGAAACAGAAUGAUUCUGACGACAUGUUAAUUGCUCGGUUUCUUCACGAAGCAUUGGAUUUUGAGUGCCUCCCGUCGCCGGUGUUGACAUCGAUACCAAGUACUGCUACUGUUAAAUCUGAGCCGGAGAUUUUUAUGCGAUCGCCGGAGACUUUAAGUUAUCAAGCGGAAUCUCCGUCGCAGACGGCGGAUGUGGAUGGCGUGACGCAGCAGAGGGGGAAACACUACAGAGGUGUGCGGCGGCGGCCGUGGGGUAAAUUCGCGGCGGAGAUUCGGGAUCCGGCGAAGAACGGUGCUCGGGUGUGGCUGGGGACGUUUGAGACGGCGGAGGACGCGGCGUUUGCUUAUGACAGGGCGGCGUAUAAGAUGCGUGGUUCUCGUGCUUUACUAAAUUUUCCACUCCGAAUUAAUUCCGGUGAGCCGGAGCCUGUUCGGAUUACAUCAAAACGGAGGUCGACGUCGCCGGCAAGCUCAUCGGAAGAUCGAUCGCCAAAGAGGGCAAAGAAGGUGGAAGUAGAGUCCAGCGUGGAAACAGAUACACACGUGGCGAACAGUUAG